GCUUGUGCUGCAGAUUGAGGGCGCAAAUUCAGGUCCUGGACAAGCAAUUCGGCAAGGUCCAGCAGUGGCAGAAGCACGGGAGAACUGGCGCCCUUUUGUUGCUCUUUGCUGUGUUAUUCCCGGGUUCUCAUUUCCCCGAAAAAGCUGGUUUCUGAUCCAUGGAAUGACAUUGUCGCUCGACUAAACAGCACGGGCAGUGCUGCAUUUAGUCACAGCAGCGUGCUAGUCCAAGAGAGAAGCAACUGCAUUGCUGGGACUCCUUUUCCUUUUGGCGCCUGUUCCGAGUAGGAAACAAGGGCUGGCAUCUAGAUUGGACCAUGGAGACCAGCGAGGGGGCCCCCUCGUGGCGGCCCAUGAAACUGGACGAGGAUGCGCACUUCUUUGACUUCAUCGCAUUCUACAAGAAAGUAGAGUUUUGCGACCGAAGCAUUCGGCUGGAGAUUCUGGAAGAGUGUAGGAAGAUUCAUGGAUCGAGAAGCGACGAGGUUUCUGACAUGGAAGGCUGUCAAGGUGAACGAGAAUAGGGACCGAUCAGCGGCCGGGGUUCCUGAGGACAAGGGCGGAGCUUCAGAGGAGGCCUCCAACCCCCUGGGAGAGGCAGUCGAAGGAUCAAAGAAGGACACUGGGACGCGGCAG